AUGGUGAAUCCACCGGGGGGGCAGCUGGGCUACGACAGCCGCGGGGGGCACAUGGACUUCGGCAGCCCGGCCCGGGGCGCGCGGUCGAUGGUGGGGGACAGCCCUGUGGGCUCGCCGUACAGCGGCCGGACUGCCCCGAUGACAUCCAGCCCGGCGGGCAUGCAGCAGAUGCAGCAGAUGCAGCAGGGAGGGCAAGGCUCACCUUCACAAGGCCGCGCGGGGGAGGCGGAGGAGUAG